UCCCGGGGAACGAGCUGGAGGGGCUUGGAGAACGGUGCCCAGACCUCUAGCUCGAGGCGCGAGGGGGCCCCCCGGCCCGCGCCGGAAUGCCUGGGGAGCAGAUGGACCCUACUGGAAGUCAGUUGGAUUCAGAUUUCUCUCAGCAAGAUACUCCUUGCCUGAUAAUUGAAGAUUCGCAGCCCGAAAGCCAGGUUCUAGAUGAUGAGUCUGCUUCCCACUUCACUAUGCUGUCCCGACACCUUCCAAAUCUACAAAUGCACAAAGAGAACCCUGUGUUGGAUGUUGGGUCCAAUCCAGAGCAAACAUCUGCAGAACCACAAGAAGACAGUAAUAGUGGGUUCAGGGAACAGUUGAGAGAAAACAAAUCUGAAGGUCCUGUGGAUUCUUCACAUUUAGAAACAAGUGGUUCCCUCAGUCAGGUCAUUGACCAGUUACCUCAGCCAAAUAGGACAAGCAGUGUUCUGGGAAUGGCAGUGGAGUCUGGUCCUGCAGUGGAGGAAGAGAAGGAAGAGUUGGAAGACCUGGAGAAAGAAGCGGAGGAAGAACAUCCUCUGGACCAAACCACACGCUCCUUUUGUGCUGAAGAUUCCGCUUCAUCACAGAUGGGCUUUGGGGUUCUGGAACUCUCCCAGAGUCAGGAUGUUGAGGAACAGACCGUCCCAUAUGAAAUAGUCCAAGAGCAUCUUGAGCCAAUCACUACCAACGCUGGCCACAUGCUGUCUGAAGUGGAUGCAAAUGAUGCAGUUAAACUUGAAGAACAGUCUAGGGAAGAGAUUGCCGUGUCAGAGCAGCCCAGCAAAGACAUCCUUGUGAUUCCACAGCCUAGUAAAAGUGUGUAUGCGCUCGAAGAGCACGGUUCACCACCUGCCAGGCCAGAAGACAUGCCUUCUAGUCCUCAAGUGUCCCUUGCUGCUAUAGAAACAAAAGAACAUACGUCUGCCCAAGAACUGCUGCCAAGUGGACUGCAGAUUCGGAAGUCACCAGAGCCUGAGAUUUUGUCAACUCAGGAAGACUUAUUUGACCAGAGCAAUAAAACAGCUUCUGAUGGUUGCUCCACUCCUUCAAGAGAGGAAGCUGGAUGUUCUCUGGCUUCCACACCUGCAACCACUCUGCACCUCCUGCAGCUCUCUGGUCAGAGGUCUUCCAUUGUUCAGGAGAGCCUUUCCACGAAUUCAUCAGAUCUUGUUGCUCCUUCCCCCGAUGUUUUCCGACCUACCCCUUUGAUCGUUCCUAGCAGUCCUACAGAGCAAGAAGGGAGAAAAGAUGAGCCUAUGGACAUGUCAGUGUUACCUGAAGGACGAAGUGAGUCUUUUCAGCAGAAACCUGAUCGUGAUGAAGCAGUAGAAGUAGAAAACCCUCCUCUCCCACUUGAGCCUACAAUACUACCACAAGCCUCGACGCCAGUGUGUCAGAGCACACCAGUGUUCACUCCUGGGUCGCUUUCUAUUCCAUCUCAGCCUGAGUUUUCUCAUGACAUUUUCAUUGCAUCACCAAGUUUGGAAGAACAAGCAAAUGAUGGGAAGAAAGGUGGAGAUUUGCAUAGUUCAUCUUUGACUGUUGAAUGUUCUAAAACUUCAGAGGAACCAAAGAAUUCCACACUGGAUCUUGGGCUUUCUUUGACAGGAGAGUCUUGCAAAUUGAUGCUUUCUACAAGUGAGUGUAGUCAGUCCCCAAAGAUGGAGAGCUUGAGUUCUCCUAAGAUUGAUGAAGAUGGUGAAAACACUCAGAUUGAAGAUACUGAACCCUUGUCUCCAGUUCUCAGUUCUAAGCUUGUUCCUGCUGAAAAUGAUAGUAUCUUGGUGGAGCCAGCACAAGAUGGCCAAGUAGAACUGAGUCAGAAUGAUGACAAAACAAAAGGAGAUGACCCAGAGAACAGAGAUGAUAUUAGUAUAUUAGCUGCUGGUUGUAAAGACCGAGAAGAGACCGUAGCAGAGGAUGUCUGUAUUGAUCUCACUUGUGAUUCAGGGAGUCAGGCAGUUCCUUCUCCAGCUACUCGAUCUGAAGCACUUUCUAGUGUUUUGGAUCAGGAGGAAGCUAUGGAAAUUAAAGACCACCAUCCAGAGGAGGGGUCUUCAGGGUCUGAGGUCGAAGAAAUUCCUGAGACUCCUUGUGAAAGUCAUGGAGAAGGGCCUAAAGAAGAAAACCUGGAGAGUGUCCCAUUACACCUUUCUCUGACUGAAACUCAGCCCCAAACAUUGUGUCUUGAAAAGGAAAUCUCCAAACCAGAAUGUCCAGAAGCUAUGGAAAUUGAAACCAGUGUGAUUAGUAUUGAUUCUCCCCAAAAAUUGCCGGUACUUGACCAAGAAUUAGUGCAUAAGGAUCCAGAAGCUUGGGAAGAAGCUACUUCAGAGGACUCCAGUGUUGUCAUCGUAGAUGUGAAGGAGCCAUCUCCAAGAGGUGAUGUUUCUUGUGAACCAUUGGAGGGAGUAGAGAAAUGUUCAGAUUCCCAGUCAUGGGAGGAUGUUGCUCCAGAGAUAGAACCAUGUGCUGAGAAUAGAUUAGAUCUCCAGGAAGAAAGGAAUAUGGAAUAUGAGUGUGACUUGAAAUCAGUGACUGCAGAAAAGGAAGCUGAAGAAGAAAAUUCUCCACAGCCUCCCUUGCCUUUAGUGAAAGCAGAUGAACCUCCCACAGCUGAUCCGGAGUUGCAGCAGCCCCAGCCUCCAGAGAAAGCAGAGAACUCAUUAACAGAAGAUUUAAAAGUGGCCAAUGCCAAGCUGCUAGGCUCAGGUGUAGCAGAGCAGCAGCUUGAAAAGGCCCCUGACCGUGGCUCACAAAGCUUCUGUGAAAGUUCAAGUGAAACCCCAUUUCAUUUUACUUUGCCUAAAGAAGGUGAUAUUAUUCCACCAUUGACUGGCGCAACCCCACCUCUUAUUGGGCACCUAAAAUUGGAGCCCAAGAGACAUAGUACUCCUAUUGAUAUUAGCAACUAUCCAGAAAGCACCAUAGCAACCAGUGAUGUUAUGUCUGAAAGCAUGGUGGAGACCAACGAUCCCAUACUUACAAGUGAAAAAGGGGAUUCUGGGUCUGUCCCAGAAAUGGAUGAUAAACUCUGUCUAAGAAUGAAACUGGUUAGUCCUGAGACAGAGGCAAGUGAAGAGUCUUUGCAGUUUAGUCUGGAAAAGCCAGUAACUAGUGAAAGAAAAAAUGGAUCUGCUGCUCUUGCUGAGGCUGUUGCCAGUCCCCAGAAGACUAUGUCAGUGUUGAGCUGCAUCCGUGAAGCCCAGCGAGCGGAUGAGGCUGGAGGUGAGGAGGGCUGUGCUGCGCCCGCUGGGGGGAACUACCUUGAUUUUCCUAGUACUCAGGAAGAGGAGAAAAAGAAAUUGGAUGGUGACCAAAGGACCAGGCAGAGUGAGCAGCCUGUGGGGCCCAUCGGUUCUGUCAAGGCUCCUGCUGCUGCCGCUCCACACCAGAGAGCCGCGCACGAGCCAGCCAGCCCUGGAGGAGAAGCGAUGGAGACAGAUGUGCGAGAAGGCCACGGAGAAGGAUGGAGUGUCAAUCAGGAAAAACCCAGUAAGGUCUUGAUUGAAAGGCCUGCCCAAAAUAACAUAGGAAUCCAGACUGUGGAACAUUGCCUGUUUGCCCCAGAAACUGUUUCAGCAGCAACUCAGACUGUAAAGAAUGUCUGUGAGCAAGGGACCAGUACAGUGGACCAGAACUCGGGAAAACAAGAUGCCACCGUACAGACUGAGAGGGGGACUGGUGAGAAACCAGCCAGUGCUCCUGGAGAUGAAACAGAGUCUCUCCAUAGUCAGGGAGAAGAAGAGUUUGAUAUGCCUCAGCCUCCGCACGGACAUGUCUUGCACCGUCACAUGAGAACAAUCCGCGAAGUGCGCACGCUUGUCACCCGUGUUAUCACAGACGUGUAUUACGUGGAUGGAACAGAAGUAGAAAGGAAAGUAACUGAGGAAACGGAGGAGCCAAUUGUAGAAUGUCAGGAGUGUGAAGCUGAAGUUUGCCCCUCGCACACAGGGGGCUCCUCGGGUGACCUGGGCGAUAUCAGCUCCUUCUCCUCCAAGGCCUCCAGCUUGCACCGCACGUCCAGCGGGACGAGUCUCUCGGCCAUGCACAGCAGUGGCAGCUCGGGGAGAGGAGCCGGACCACUCAGAGGGAAAAGCAGCGCGACGGAGCCCACAGAUUUUGCCUUCCCCAGCUCCCGAGGAGGCCCAGGAAAACUGAGCCCUAGAAAAGGGGUUAGUCAGACGGGGGCACCGGUAUGCGAGGAGGACGGCGAUGGCAUCAGACAGGGAGGGAAGGCUCCAGUCACGCCGCGCGGGCGCGGGCGCAGAGGCCGCCCACCAUCUCGGACCACUGGAACCAGAGAAACAGUUGUGUCUGGCCCACUGGGCAUAGAGGAUAUUUCGCCUAGCAUGUCUCCAGAUGACAAAUCCUUCACCCGAAUUGUGCCCCGGGUCCCAGACGCUAAUAGAAGAGCAGAUGUGGGUGCUAGCACUUUGCGGCGUAGCGACUCGCCAGAGAUUCCUUUCCAAACCGCUGCCAGCUCUGCAGAUGGCGUCGAUGCUUCCUCGCCAGGAAGCAGCUUCGUAGGGCUCCGUGUUGUGGCCAAGUGGUCAUCCAAUGGCUACUUUUACUCUGGAAAAAUUACUCGAGAUGUUGGAGCUGGGAAGUAUAAAUUACUCUUUGACGAUGGGUAUGAGUGUGAUGUGUUGGGCAAAGACAUUCUUCUUUGUGAUCCCAUCCCACUGGAUACUGAAGUGACAGCCCUCUCGGAGGAUGAGUAUUUCAGUGCAGGAGUGGUGAAAGGACAUAGGAAGGAGUCUGGGGAGCUGUACUACAGCAUUGAAAAAGAAGGCCAAAGGAAGUGGUAUAAGCGAAUGGCUGUUAUCCUGUCCUUGGAGCAAGGAAACAGACUGAGAGAGCAGUAUGGGCUUGGUCCUUAUGAGGCAGUGACGCCGCUCACAAAGGCAGCAGAUAUCAGCUUAGACAAUUUGGUGGAAGGAAAACGGAAACGGCGCAGCAACAUCAGCUCCCCGGCCACCCCCACCGCCUCCGGCAGCAGCAGCAGCACAACCCCUACCCGCAAGGUCGCCGAAAGUCCCAGAGCCUCUUCCGGAGUUCCCUCAGGCAAAAGGAAACUUAUUACUUCUGAAGAGGAAAGGUCCCCUGCCAAGCGAGGCCGCAAGUCUACCACUGUGAAGCCUGGUGCCGUGGGGGCUGGAGACUUUGUGAGCCCCUGUGAGAGUGGAGACAACACAGGUGAACCUUCUGUCCUAGAAGAGCAGAGAGGACCUUUGCCCCUCAACAAAACCUUGUUUCUUGGCUAUGCUUUUCUCCUCACUAUGGCCACAACCAGUGACAAGUUGGCCAGCCGCUCUAAACUGCCCGAUGGCCCCACAGGAAGCAGCGAGGAAGAGGAAGAGUUUUUAGAAAUUCCACCUUUCAACAAGCAGUACACAGAAUCCCAGCUUCGUGCAGGAGCUGGCUAUAUACUCGAAGACUUCAAUGAAGCCCAGUGUAACACAGCCUACCAAUGUCUCCUAAUUGCUGAUCAGCAUUGUCGAACCCGAAAGUACUUCCUGUGCCUUGCCAGUGGGAUUCCGUGUGUGUCUCAUGUCUGGGUCCAUGACAGCUGCCAUGCCAACCAGCUCCAGAACUACCGUAAUUAUCUCUUGCCAGCUGGUUACAGCCUUGAAGAGCAAAGAAUUCUAGAUUGGCAACCCCGUGAAAAUCCUUUCCACAAUCUGAAGGUACUGUUGGUGUCAGACCAACAGCAGAAUUUCCUGGAGCUCUGGUCUGAGAUCCUCAUGACUGGUGGGGCAGCCUCCGUGAAGCAGCACCAUUCAAGUGCCCAUAACAAAGACAUUGCUUUAGGAGUGUUUGAUGUGGUAGUGACGGACCCGUCAUGUCCAGCCUCGGUGCUGAAAUGUGCUGAAGCGUUGCAGCUGCCGGUGGUCUCACAAGAGUGGGUGAUCCAGUGCCUCAUUGUUGGGGAGAGAAUUGGAUUCAAGCAGCAUCCAAAAUAUAAACACGAUUAUGUUUCUCACUGAAGGUAUUUGGUCUUACCAGUUUCAUUCCUUGCUAUUAUUGUGAGAUUGUCCUUUAACCGGGUUUUAAAUGUGUCUUUUAAUCAGGUUUUAACUGUGUCUUGUGUGUAACUGGAUUCUUUGCAUGGAUCUUGUACAUAGUUUUAUUUGCUGGACUUUUAUGAUAAAAUAAAUGUUGAAUCUCUUUGGUUGUAGUAA